AUGGAUUUUGAAAGCCCAGUAGCUAAUCAGUCGUUUGCAACACAUACAAUCGAAGAUAUAGAUGCGAAUGUUUCUUUGGAAUCAACAUUUGAAUCUGAAAAAAUAAAUGAGGAUAUUGUGAAUCUUGCAUGUGAUGAAGAUGAAGCUAAGGAUCUAAGUAUUAUGGGGAAGGUUUUCAGUACACCUAAGGAUGCAUAUACAUUUUAUAACCAAUAUGCCUUUUUACAUGGAUUCGGUAUUCGUGUUCAUUGGAGCUUUAAAAAUAAAACCACAAAUGAGCCUUAUCGGAAGAGCUAUGUGUGUAAUAAACAAGGCUUUAAAAGUUUGAAGGGUAAUAGUUUAUGUGGAGUUGCUAAGAAACGUCGUAGAAAUUUGAGGACUGGAUGUAAAGCAAUGCUCCGGAUAUCAAAAGGAAAAGAUGGUGAAUGGUUUGUCGAUGUGCUUAACGACACACACAAUCACAAUUUGAGUACAACUCCUACCAAAGUAAUGAAACAUCGUUCUCAUGAAUAA